UAAAGCAGACUUGUUCUUUCUUAGCUCGGAGCCUUAAAUAAUUCUUAAAUGCUGAGAAUUAAAUAAAUAAAAUAAUCCUUAUUAUCCUCACUAGUCGAGACUCUUGGAGCUUUCUGUUUAUGUACAUGUGUCGAUACCCAGUCAGACCAAGUGAAUUGAAAUUUUAAAGAGUAAAUUAUUGGAAAAAUAUACGUUCAAAAUGAAGGGUUUCGAGUAUGUCUUUGGAGCGGUUCUGAUAUCCACGCUGUUCGACUCUGUGAAUGCAGCUGUUACGAUUAGGGUGCACUUCGGUGAGCCCGAUGAUACCCCGUCACAUUCUGCCAUCAUGUGUUACCAGUGUUCUUCCGACCUCGACCCGCUGUCCGGUCACGUUCCCGUGCUGCCGUUCCAUGAAAACUGUGCCUCUGGUGGACCACUCCCCUCCGUCCUGCUGGUCCACUGCGAUCCCUACAUCCCCGAGGGUAACGUCGUCACCCCGUACGACACCGUGGGAGGGGACGAUCGCAUCAAUUACAUCAAUUUCCAACGAAGCGAAAAAUACACGGCGGAAUGUGCCAAAUUUUACUCUUCCCAGACGAACACGACGCGCCGGGGGUGUGCCUUGAUGCAUGAGGUGGACAGCAAACACUUGAAAGCGAAGGAGGCCAAAUUUGUGAACGGAUCCGCAAUUACGGGGAAUUACUGCUUCACGAAUAAGUGUAACCAUGCCAACGAGAAUAAUAAGGUGUCGGUCGGGCGGUUGCUGGGAAUUAUGGGGAUGAUUUUUGUUGCCUCGAAAAUUUUGGUUUAAUUUUUUGGGAAAAAUAAUAUUCGCAAAAAUGCUAUUUCGAAUUAUGUUUUCACAAGCUUGAUGAAUAAUUUUAAUUUAAAAUGGCGGAAGGCAGAUCGUACAUAUUUAUGUCUGCAUACUCACUUUGGUAAAUUAUUUUGUUGAUUUCAUGUUUAAACUUUAAUUCGCUGUUAUUCAAUUUUUCCGCAGCCAAAUGAAUUUUUAGC